UCAUUUUCUUUAUUUAACAUCUUUUUUACAACAAGCAUUGACUUUCCAUGGGCAAUUGUAUUUCUCUAUGCCCUGAUCCUGUGUAUAAUUUAUUGUCUUCAGCAGGUCUGAUUAAAGGAAGGGGUCAUCACAUAAAUGAAAUUAUUAUAAAAGGUGUUAAGUAUUCUACUGUUAGUCUUAUUGAAGAAGGAGCAUAUGCCUUCAUUUAUGAGGGCUUCAAGAAUGCAACGGGUGAAUGUGUUGCACUGAAGCGAUAUACCUUAAUGGAACCUAGUCAAGAGCAACAGGUUAUUGAGGAAAUAUUUAUUUACCGAUCACUAUGUCCACAUAAAAAUAUUGUAAAGCUCUAUGAUUCGGAAAUAAUUCACCGUCCGCGAACACAUUUACCCGAGUUAUGGAUGUGCAUGGAAUAUUGCCAUGGACCUUCAUUGCAGGAUUAUAUCAAUAAUCGUAUCCAUAUUAAGCAAGAUUUUAGCCUUUGUGAAGUGUAUGAAAUUAUGAAUCACAUUCUGCAUGCUAUUGCUCACCUGCACUCUCAAUCACCACCAGUUUCGCAUUGGGAUAUUAAGCCGGGGAACUUUAUUUUCUCGAGCAAUGGUGUAUUAAAGUUAUGUGAUUUCGGGAGUUCAUCGCGAUCAUAUUACCUUCCUCGGGACCUAAAUGAAAUUGAAAUUUCUGAGAGAGAGCUAGAAUCAAAAAUGACAAUGCUUUAUAGGCCUCCCGAGACUCUUGACUUGUGGCUAAAACUGAAAAUUGAUACCAAAGUUGAUAUCUGGGCUUUUGGCGUGGUAUUGUACCUUUUAGUAUUCAAAGAGCUACCUUUCGAAGAGGCCCCUUUAGACAUUAUUGAUGCGAUUCCUAAAAAAUAUAAAAACUCAACUAAACCGUGCCCAGAAGAGUUUCGGCCACUGAUUGCAGUUGUUCGUUCCAAGAUGUUAGUAAAGAACCCGUCUGACAGGGCUGAUAUUUUUGAGGUUUCAGAUGCUUUUAGCAAAAUCUCAAGUCUUGACCCUCUCCAGAGGCCAAGACCGGGGCUCCAAAGUGCUCAACGACCACGUUUUUAGUAUAUACUUUUUUAUUAUAUAUCUACCAUCCACUUAUCCACUCUUCUUGUCGAUGUAAUAUUUUAUAUUCACUCAUUUUGGUCUUAUUAUAAUCGAUGAUUUUUUGAAUAUCUUUUCAUUUAUUUUACAUUUAGAUUCUUGCUAUUAUAUUAGUAGUUAUGUUUAUGAAUAUUCCAUUUUCAUAGUAUUUCGUUGCAUUCAUUUUUAUAAUACUUUAAAGAUAUAAAUAAAUAAAUAUAUAUAUACAUUUAUAUUAUUUGUAAAACACAAUAUUGUACUUUUUAUAUGAAAGAGUCUAUGCAGGAUAGUUCAGCUUCGUUAAAAGCGUUUGAAAACAAUGAAGAUUUUAGACUCUAUGCGAACCAGAUGAUGGCAGCUGGACAUGCGUUUCCAUUGACGAAGAAAAAUAAUGACACACAGAAAACAGGUAAUUUGGUUAUGGCUGAUGACCCUAAAACAAGAAAUCUGUGGAUGAAUCACUGCUUUCGCGAUUAUAUUCAACACAAAAAAACCUUUU